AUGGCGCAUCCACAGCACAAGCGCUAUGAGGUGUUGCUGGGGAUGCCGGAUGUUGGAGAUCUUGUCGUAACAUCUGAAAAGUUCGGUGAUGACACCAUCAUUGCCGUCCUACCGAAAGAUGCCAAGAUGACAAAAGAGCUGCUCCCCGCAACACAACAGCCGCCAGCGCAAAGCACACCGGCAGACGUGGGGCUGCAGAUGGCGGAGACAUCCUUUGCAAGCUUUGACUUGGCUGUGAAGCUGAAGGAGAUUGGGGUGUCUUUGAUUUGCGACUCCUUGGCUGAGGAGCUGUGUUACGCGAGCUUGUCGCAGGUGGCUGUGGGGCUGCAGCAGCGAGGAGACAGAGAAAAAGUUGUGUUGCGAAUAGAGAGGAUACAAGUAGACAACCAGAUGGAGAAUGGGAAUAAGCCCGUCGUAAUCGCCAAUAGAGGCGGCAGAAGCGUCCCUUCCCACGAGCCGACGAGCUGGGGAGCGUCACCCCAGGCUAUGCCAAGAGGCAGCAACCCCUUCUUGACGGUCUUCGUCGUCCGCCUGAACUCCGGCAGCAGAGACAUUGUGUUGAAGAGGGCGCUGGUGGACAUCGACGACUUGGAAAUCGACAUCGAUGCAGACAUGCUCAACGGGCUGAAUGACUUUGUGUGGUCUUGCCUCAUGGCAUUUGGCUUGGCAGAGGCGGCAUCGCGGCGUGCAGUAUCUCUGGAGGAGUUGGGCGCCUGGGUCCAAGAGCCUCUGGCUCUCCGCUACUCACCACCUCCUCUUCCAACGAUUUUGUCUCUAGAAUCCUUGGUUAUUUCCCGUUUCCGAGUGUACUGCUGGUGCUCUUUUGUCCUCGACAAAAUGCACAUGAUCUCCGACCUUCUCAAACUCGGACUCAGGAUCCUCAUGGCCUCAGGACGACUUGAGCUGACCGGGGCGCGUUUGACGUUCAGCCAGGAGGAGUUCCGGUAUUUAAGAGGGACAGUUGCUUCUUUUACUUCGUGUUUGCAAGAGCGAUACACGUACCACUUGCUGUCGUCUUUAUUUGCAUCUUUGGGGCAGUCCUCAUUGCUGAAUCUGCCGCGCAUGCCUUACGAGUUCGGGAGGAACACCAUUGGUCUGGCUGCAAAUGCUGUGGACAGCGUGUCCACUGGUCUCGGUUCUUUGCUGUCGACGUUUACUUUCGAUUCGGAGUACAUCAACCGACGCCGCAGAGAAAGAGGCCGGGGGGCCUCAGGAAUGCGAGAGGGGUUUCUUUCUGCAGGCAAGAGCAUCGGCGAGGGUGUAUGGGCCCUGUCCAGCAUUGUCACGAAGCCCUUAGAAGGAGCGCAGAAAGAAGGUGUUGGUGGUUUUCUUAAGGGCAUCGGGAAGGGGCUGAUGGGCUCUCUCGUCAAGCCCCUCGACAAAGUGGGGCAGGCCGUCUCGGAUGUGACCCGCGGUAUUCAAGCGGAAGUCAGCAGACCCUUAGGCGCUCUUAAAGUCAUCAGCACACGCCACAGACAGCCCCGCAUGGUUGGAGAACAGGGACAAGUCAGGCCCUACGACGAAACGGAAGCUCAGCUGCGUCAGAGUCUGGGCCUGGCAGUGCUGCGGCCGAUGCAGAAGUGCAUGACAGUUUUACGGCACGAGAAGCCGGAUAUCUCUCAGUUAGUUGUUUUGUUCUACCCUCAAGACAUUUUCCUUGUCAGCGUGAAGGGAAAUGAUUCUGAGAAGGGCGUUCAGUCGCGUUAUCGGGGAAGGACGUCAACACCGCUAGAAGCAGGAGUGCAUAUAAUGUGGCACGUCAGCGUAGCAGAAAUUCAAGAAGUACGAACAGAUAGCCGCGGUGUCACGCUCACAGUCGCCUCCACUGAAGGGCAGCGGCAGCCGGAGGCCGCUGCGCUGGGUAGGGCGGGGUCGGUGAGGAUGGUAGAAGGCAGGCAGAGUCCACAGCCUGCAACAGCAGCAGCUGCUGCUGCUCCUACUGCCGCCACUACACAGACGUACUUCAUUCCUUGCCAAGAUUCAACGGUAUCCAACGAGGUGUAUAGGGAGCUCCGCGAAACACAAAGAGGCUGCGCUACAGUCGUUCACCUGGGAACCAACAAACGUGUCUCAGAUGCCGACUCAUAA